GUCUCGGUCACUAGGCACUCCUUUAUUUCAAUCCCCACACUUGUGGUUUGUUUACAAUAAAAAUUAUAAGGAAAAGAGAAAGAAAGAAAGGCACACCAGAGCUGGUUACCCGGGCAUUUCAGCACGGCCUGUUAAGACAGCGGCGGGAUUCGGUGCUGCCUUCUGCCUUUUCAACAAAGAACUGCUCCACCCACCUUGGAAACCAAAAGCUAAAGACAGGAAAUGGAAACCGAAAGUUAAUGAAAACCAAGAGAAUCAGGAAACUGAAACUGUUCUUUUUUUUUUUCUUCUUCUCUUUCUUCCAGAAUUGAGCAAGACGGCCAUCUGCUUACUAAGCCUGGACCUCAGCUUCCACCUCUGAAAAUGUCCUUCUCAGCGCCCAGUACCUGGGAGAAGAUGUUUCAAGAACUAAUCCAGGAGGAGAAACCCAGGGCCAAGUGGACGUUCCAGUUGGAUAAGAACAUUUUACCCAACGUCAUGGCCGUGGGAUGGCGGCAGUACCAGCAGACAGGACUUGGCAGGUUCCAGUGCUCCAUAUGUAACAGAUGGUGGAUUUCUGCUCAAGUGAAGAUCCUGUGCCACAUGUACCGGGAGCCAGGGAAAUCUCAGGGCCGGGUACUCAUGAGGAUCUUCGGUCAGAGGUGCCAGAAGUGUUCUAAGUCUCAAUUUGAGAAUCCUGAGUUCUUCACAGAGAGCAUCGGAAGGAUUAUGGAGAACCUAAUUAAUUAUAUUCUGCAGAAAUACUAUGGUCAUGGCUUUAAGAAGAAACCAUCAACUUCAAAUGAGAAACCUCUUGAGAAGGUGCUUUUGAAUAGACCCCAUGACACAGCCAAUUGUGAGGCAUGCACUCUGGGCUACCAUGGAGGGUGUUCCUUUGCAUAUGAAGCAAAUCUGCCCAAAUACCCAUCUUCCCAACCAAAGAGCCACAGUUCUUGCCUAAAAAUGAGCCCCAGUUCUUCCCUAACAAUGAGCCACAGUUCUUCCACACCAAAGAGCCACAGUUCUUCCACACCAAAGAGCCACAGUUCUCCCCCACCAAAGAGCCACAGUUCUUCCACACCAAAGAGCCACAGUUCUUCCCCACCAAAGAGCCACAGUUCUUCCACACCAAAGAGCCACAGUUCUUCCACACCAAAGAGCCACAGUUCUUCCCCACCAAAGAGCCACAGUUCUUCCACACCAAAGAGCCACAGUUCUUCCACACCAAUGAGCCACAGUUCUUCCACACCAAUGAGCUACAGUUCUUGCCUAAAAAUGAGCCCCAGUUCUUCCCUAACAAUGAGCCACAGUUCUCCCCCACCAAAGAGCCACAGUUCUUCCCCACCAAAGAGUCACAGUUCUCCCCCACCAAAGAGCCACAGUUCUUCCACACCAAAGAGCCACAGUUCUUUACCUCAGACUAGGAAUAUGUAUGUUGAGAAUAGGCAUUUUGAGGAACACAGAGAGACCAGUUACACAGAGCUGUUAAUGGUUUUCUCUCUUGCUGCACUUACCUUUAUUCGCCGACUCUUUAAAUAAUAGGCUUAUCAUCUUGUUUUCAUGCUAUGGUUAUCAAUAAUAUGGGUGUCAUUUUAACAUGACAGUGAAUUGAUUUGAGAUCAAGCAAGGCCAAGUAUGUAGAGUAAACAUGGUUUCCUGGACAUGCUCUGAAAUGACAAAAACAUAAUGGACCCCAAAACAAAUCUGUAUUAAAUCGCUGAACACUCUCAAUUUGCUUGCUCACUUACUUGUUAUCAAGCUAUAUUCAUUAAAUCUUGACAAGAACUAAUGGUCAUGAGUAUUGUAAAUUUAGUGUGAUAGACUGAAUAAUGCUCCCCCACCAAAAAUGCCUUUAUCCGCCCCUCUAGAACUGGUGACUGUGCUAUAGUUUUUGGA